AUGGUAACGAUGGUUUUUAAUUUAAAGGGUGAUAUAGAUGGUUUGAGAACUUUACGUUUAUUAGAUGCCAUCAGAAUUGUUGGUUUAGCAAACCAUGUUAGAUUUUAUCAGACAUCCACGUCUGAGCUUUAUGGCAAACCUGUAGAAACUCCACAGUCAGAAACCACACCAUUUUAUCCUCGUUCACCCUAUGGUGUAGCUAAACUUUAUGCCUAUUGGAUUGUUGUCAAUUACCGCGAGGCAUACAAUAUGUUUGCUUGUAAUGGUGUUUUGUUCAAUCACGAAUCUCCACGUAGAGGUCGUACUUUUGUAACUCGUAAAAUUUCUAGAGCCGUAGCUGAAAUUCACCUAGGUAAACAAAGCUGUCUAUAUCUUGGUAACAUUGAUUCUAAGCGUGAUUGGGGUCAUGCAAGAGAUUAUAUUGGUUAG